UAUCGAGGUCGCAGAAGGGGAGCGAGAGUGGCUUGUCCCUAGAGCAAUUUUAUGCAAAAAUCUGACGUAUGAGAGGGUUGACUCAGCCCAUGUCAUAAGACUAGGGGCGAGGGAGAAGAGCCCUGCAUUUCUCGCAUAAACGUGCGAAUCGUAUCGGCUUGUAUGUUCUGAGAGGGCGGAGAAUAUAAAUAAAGGUCUGGGUGGGAGGCACUGCUAAACCAGAAUUGAAAUCGAAAUACUACACUAGCGAGACACGCUCGAAGAUAAAGUACAAAUAGAAGAAAAAUAAUAAUAAUAAUAAUAAUAAUAAUAAUAAUAACACAGGCUUGCGGAAGAAUAUUCCAAAUAUUGUCAGAAUAGGAUACGUAUAUUUAUUUAUUUAGGUUAUAUUACUCAGAAUUACAGAGGUCCUGGCAUAUUCAAAACAUUGGCUUGCAGUUUGACAGAGGCAGCACUUGUCUUAAUUUCAACAUAAGGGGAGCUGCGCCUGCUGUUACUCGCACAAUAGCAACAGCCAAUAGAAGACUAUUUAUUAGAACAUAUUUGGGUUAUUUUAACUUUUGACCACACUGGACGCGAUAUGGAUCGUAAAAAGAAGCAGGUAACAGCUCCACUGUUGCUGGCCGUAUCAGCAGCUGCGAUUGGAUCAAUCCAAUUUGGAUACAACACUGGAGUCAUCAAUGCACCAGAAAAGAUCAUUAGGCAGUUCCACAAUGAGACCUGGAAGGCCCGCACUGCUGAGUUCAUCACAGACAAUCUCAGCACGACACUCUGGUCCUUCUCUGUGGCUAUCUUCUCAGUUGGCGGCAUGAUUGGCUCAUUCUCUGUCGGCGUGUUUGUCAACCGGUUCGGCAGGCGGAACUCCAUGCUCAUGGUCAAUGUACUGGCUAUCAUAGGGGGCUCUCUGAUGGGCUUCUCCAAGCUGGCUGCCUCCUUUGAGAUGCUGAUUGUGGGCCGGUUGACCAUCGGUUUGUUCUGUGGUCUUAGCACAGGCAUGGUCCCCAUGUACAUUGGAGAGAUCUCCCCCACCUCCCUGCGAGGGGCAUUCGGGACUCUUCAUCAGCUGGGAGUUGUCAUUGGCAUCCUCAUAGCACAGGUUUUUGGUCUGGAGUUUAUCCUGGGCUCUCAGUCCCUCUGGCCCGUGCUCUUGGGUCUUACAGUCAUCCCAGCUCUGAUCCAAACUAUCGCUCUGCCUUUCUGUCCUGAAAGCCCCAGGUUUCUACUGAUCAAUAAGAACCAAGAGGAGAAGGCCAAGGAGAUUCUGAAGAAGUUGCGGGGCACUGCAGACGUCCAGCAAGAUCUUCAGGAGAUGAAAGAUGAGAGUCUGAAGAUGAUGCAGGAGAAGAAAGUGACCAUCCCAGAGCUGUUCCGUUCCCCAAGCUACCGUCAGCCAAUCAUCAUCGCCAUUGUCCUGCAGCUCUCCCAACAGCUCUCCGGCAUCAACGCAGUUUUCUACUACUCAACGAACAUCUUUGAGACUGCUGGAGUUAAAGAACCCAUCUACGCUACAAUCGGUGCUGGAGUUGUCAAUACUGUAUUCACUGUUGUAUCGCUCUUUCUGGUUGAGAGGGUGGGACGAAGGACUCUACACCUCGUGGGAUUGGCUGGGAUGGGUUUCUGUGCAAUUCUGAUGACCAUUGCUCUCGUCCUGACGAACCAGAUUCAGUCCAUGAGCUACCUGAGUAUUAUAGCCAUCUUUGGCUUUGUGGCGUUUUUUGAGAUCGGACCGGGCCCCAUCCCCUGGUUUAUUGUAGCCGAGCUCUUCAGCCAGGGUCCAAGGCCGGCCGCAAUGGCUGUAGCCGGCUGCUCCAACUGGACAGCCAACUUCAUUGUCGGUCUGGGGUUCCCCUAUGUACAGAUGCUCUGCGGAGACUAUGUCUUCAUUAUCUUCGUUGUCAUCCUAGCAUUAUUCUUUGUCUUCACUUUCUUCCGGGUGCCUGAGACCAGGGGGCGGACCUUCGAUGACAUCAGCAAAGGCUUCGCCGGGGGCAACAGCCAAGGGGCAGGCUCUCCCCCACAAGAAGGCAUGGUCACCCUACCUCCUAGUAGCCCUACGGAGAAGGUUCCAAUGGUAAAGUUGAAUGAUGAAGAAGCACCAAAUGCCCCUCUCUCCAGCAUGUGAGAUUCAAUGCCAGAAAUGUGUGAUGCAUUAUAUAGUGUCCUGAAAAAAGUAUUUGACCAGCCAUGCUGAGAUAGUCAUUGCCAGUUAAUGUGAUUCAGACCUCUUGCUUAAUAUAACUUGGGAUCGCUCUUCUUCUGAAAUAGGUAACAAGCUACUGUAUAAUGACUACAGUUGUCAUUUAAUCAUGGAUAUCCAGAAUUUGAGUGAGCAAGUGGUCUGAGUCAUGGGUAAAAUAGGCAACAAGUGUCCCUUAGCACCACAAACCAAAGGUGUUAGUCCAACACUGUUUCCAGGACACUGUGUAUAUACUGUAAACACAAGGUUUGGAUUUUAUCCAGAAACUUUAUGUCCCACCGUUUAAAUGAGGUAUUAAUCCAGGUGUUUCCCUCCAGAUUGGGUGAUAUAUUAGCCCUCUUAAUAACAUCACUAUAGACUAUUCAUAUACAGUGAAAAGAAAUCCACCACAGAGCAGGGUUUUGAGGAUGGCGGCAUUGCGAUCUGGUGUGAGUUUUUUAUGAUUAAAAUGGACGCUGUUUUUUUUUUUUUUUUAAUGACGGAUACCUUCCCUGAGGUGUAGUAUCUAUACAAUGGUAUAUUCUAGGUUAUUUAUAAACCUAUUCGUGGUACAGUAGUGUGGCAAGGCAUUUAUCGUAUAAUCAUGGUUGAAAUAUUUCCUUAUACUUUUGGCAAGUUUGUUAGUUACCCUGCCACACAUACAACAUUCACCUUCUGUUACAUUUUUUACUUAACUAAAACUCUAGUCGACUUGAGUGUUGGAUUUUGGUACUGGCACAAAAUAAGCCAUGCGGAAAUGCACAUAUAGCUGUUGAUGACCAUAUCUGCAUGUCACAUGAUUGAUUGACUAUAAUCUGCUACAAAAAGCUGCGAGUUUGAGGCCUCAGCACAUUAUUUCAGCACUAUACACAACUGUGGAUAUUGAAACUUGGGAACUGUCUUUGUAAGGUAGAGGUUAUAUACCAAAAUGUUCUGUAGUAGUGUUAUGGGGGUGGGAUUGUGAGCAUAGCGUGCCACUGUGUGACUAAAUGCUGUAAAUGCCUUUAUUUUUAAGUUAUCAUUUUAGUGAUGGACCGUUUAAUGCAGGAUUUUUUUUUUUUUAAAUAAACCAUUGAGGCUAAAACACCCAUUUAACUGUUUAACUUAAUUGCUAAUGGGAUAAUGCUGUUUUAAGCAUAUGCUGUGUGAAAGUACAGCGGCUAGAGAUACCAUUCUGCACACAUAUACACAAUAGAUUUAUUCUAUUUGCACAAACAUGUAAUUACUGUGUUGUAUUGCUGCUAAGAUAUUCAGUAUAUAUAAAAACGGUUGUUUACAAUUAAUUAAAUGUUCACAAAAUAUGUGAAAUGCAGAUUAGUUGUGUAUAUCCGAUUUUAUUUCAUUGUAAUGAUUGUAAUACUGUUGCUGUUUUACCAUUGUUGCACUUGUUGUAUUUGCUUGUGUUAUUACUAAGCGUGUAUCCAUAUUUAUUUAUGUUUUUAACUUUACACAAAACUCCUGAUUUACUGUUUUUUUCACAAUUUUCUGGCGAUAUUUUCAAUUGUUGAAAGAAAAAAAAAAAAAGAGUAGGGUUUUAAUCAAGACAAAAAAAAACCUAGUGUUAACUGUCAUUAAUUCUGGUGAGCAAAAAUUCUAAGUGAGUUUUUCACUUCUUUUGUUGAUAUUUGUCAAAUGAAAGUGGCAAUAGGAACCAGUGCUUUUUAACAUUUUCCUAAGUUUUGUUACUGUAUGUUUUUUCUCACUUAUUUUUUAAAACAUGGAUAGUUAUUGUGUAUAUAUUUUGUAAAUAAUGUUAAGUUAUUUAUUAAAACUAUGCUUAUUUUUCACCCAUCAUUUUAUUGUGUCUUGUUAGCCAGGGUCAAAUCUAGAUCUAGAUGAUGUUAUUAUUAUUAUUAUUAUUAUUAUUAUUAUUAUUAUUAUUAUUAUUAUUAUUAUUAUGUUGGACUGUAUUUAAAGAUAGAUUCUAGUGUCUCAAACUGUGCUCGACAGAGCCUCACUGUACUGCACACAGGGCAAUGCUCACAUUGCAAAACUAUAGUAGUUAGUAAAGGUAAAUCAAGACAACCUGUAUAAUGUUCUUACAGGUAUGUAGACAUUGCCUGCUGUGUACUCGGCAGAUCUGUACUGUAAAAGACUUUGCUUACAUUGUAAAGAUACAUUAGCUAGUAACCAGUCACAUACAGAUCAAGUUUUAUCAAAGUGUAUUAACUGUUGCACUCCCUGUAUUAUCCUGUACACUAGGGCAUGCUCAUGUAAAAAGUACAGUAGAAUCAACCUUACACAGUGUGUCACGUAAACAUUUUUCAGUGGCACUGGAACAAUUUUUACAAAACUUUAAUCCCUGUAUAUGAUGGAAGCCAUGCAAAGCCAGGCCUCCCCUAGUUCCAGCGCAUUGCUUUUUUUUUUUUUUUUGCCCUGGAAAAAAAAACACACUUAGUACAUUAAGGAUAUGUGUAACUUUUGAUCAAGCUUUAGUUGAGAAAGAGAGAUCCAUACAAGUUGAUAAUUAUAAGUAAUUUAAUAUUUUAGGUUAUUUUCAAUAAACUGUAUUGCUUUAGCUUGUGUUUUUUAAAUGUAUUGUUUUGUAGAUGGUUUAGAGAAGUGAAUUCGUUAUACAUCAGUAGAAAAACUAAAUACAUUAAAUUAAAUAUACAUACAUCCAAUGGCACCCAUUUGCCACAGAAAAAAACUUAUUAUUAAAAAAAAAUCCGUCAUUGAGGAGUAAUGGAAUUUUUAACAUUAUAUCUUCCUGUUUGAUUCACUUCCACUUUGUUUUGUUUUUUUUGCAUUGCUCAAUUCAGUUUUUCUCCUGCCAAGUUAAGCUUGAUUGGCAUCUGCAUGUUCUAAGAGCGCAAACUCCAUCAUACCUCCCUAGAUCAAUUCACUCCCAGAUAGGACCAAUUCUGUUGUAGCUACCCUUGUGUUACAAAUGGCCUCUGUGCAGAACUGCUACAUUACCUCUGCAAUGCCACUGCUACGUUGCCACUAAAGGGCUUGUGAAAGGUAAUCAAAUCCUCUUUUAACAAGACAUGCAGUCGCUGUCAAGGGUUCAAUAAAGUGUGCUCUUUUUUAAAUGGGUUAUCUGUGUUGUGGUGCCUGGAUGUUGUAAAUGUGAACGUUUUUAGAUGUCUAAAUAAUAUAUAUAUAUAAGUAUUAAAUAGAUUAAUGGAAUUGAUAAGUUGCAAAUAUUUUUAUUCCUAUCACAGUUUUAUUUAAUAUUGAUUGUUAUUUAGAGAAAGUGGAUGGCGAUACACAGUGAAUGGCAAUGCCCUGACAUAUUGUUUAGAUGGAAACAGGCAUGAUGUAGCCUGGUUUUGUGCUUUCCUUCUGGUGGUGGUUUACAUUUUUUCAUAAAUUUGCAUACAUUGCAGACCAGAACAUUUCACUUACAUUCUCUAAUCUCAUAAAUCAGAGAUAUUUCAGUGUAGAAAAACUGAAACAUAGAUUGGUGCAAAAAUAAAAAAAAUAAAAAACCACCAGAAAACAACAACUACUGCACAAUAUGAGGCUUGGAAAUGAAUGGCCUAACUGAAGAUAGCGAUAUUGUCCAUCUCCUAUCUUAAGAACUGUAUUUACAAGGAAAAAAAACAGUUAAGGUUACAACCCUAGCUUGUGUGUUUCAAAUUGAUUAUGGAGUCUGUUUUUGAUGUGUAAAUUGUGUGCCUCCUUUUCUACACUUUAUAUGGCCUUGUCUGUGACUGGCUUGCACAAGAAUUUAAAUAUUUAACUGUGCUUGUGCGAUCACAAAGUGAACACAUAUCCCCUUGGUUAUAACUACUGUUUGUGAGUUAAAUGUUUAAACUAUCAUAUAGAAAUUAUAUAUGUAUUUAUACAAUAAACAAUGUGGGUG